AAAGAGAGAGAGCGGGAGGAAAAAAAGAGACAGAGAGAGCAAGACCCCAAACUCUGCACACUUUCUGACAUGGUGAAAGACUCAAUAAGGAACAUCAGGGCUUAGAUUCUUGGAUCAGACCAAAAUCUAAUGGAUGAACAGCAUCGACGGACCAGCAGUGAAAAACAAAGAGAGCUGAUUUACGAGGGAUGUGACUUAAGAUAGAAGGUGACUUUUAAGGGACGGUGGGAAGUCGUCGUGUCUGGACCAGUUUGGAUUUUUCUUCUCCUCCUCCAGCACAUGGUCUGUGUGCAUGGUGUCCACUACAUCUGGGAUACUAUGACUUAUUAUAAGAGAACCUCAGUGUCUGAUCAGCUUGAUUAAAAAUAAUAAUAAUAAAAGUAUAAAAAAUAAAAUCCACUUUGGAGACCCACUGGACCAAGAGCCAAAAGCCAGUCAUGGAGACCCUCCUCAGAGAGUUUUUCAACAUUACUCCUGAUCCUCCGGUCAACAUCUCUCACCGCCACUGGGGGGUGCCAUACUUGAAGAGAUUAGCGCAUCUGGACGAGUCUCUCUAUGAGGACUUCUACAGUCUGUGGAUCACCCUUAUGGUGGUCAACAGCAUCAUGUUCUUGGUGGGGCUGGUGCUGAACAGUUUGGCUCUCUACGUUUUCUGUGUGGGGACAAAGUCUCGUACUGCUCCCCUCAUCUACACCAUUAACUUAGCCGUAGCUGAUCUCCUGGUAGCGCUGUCUCUGCCGGCGAGGAUUGCUCUGUAUUACAGUGGGGGUGGCUGUGUGGCCUGUUCAUAUGUGCAUACCUUUAGCUAUUUUGUUAACAUGUACUGCAGCAUCUUGUUCCUCACCAGCAUCUGUGUGGAUCGUUAUAUGGCAGUGGUUUGGGCUGCAGGCACAGCAGACCGCUGCAGAAGUCCUGCUGUGGCUAAAGGUGUUAGUGCAGGAGUGUGGUUCUUCGCUGUGGUGGUCACCUAUUCAUUCCAGACCACAGCUUUGGAAUUUGGUGGAUCGUCUUGCUGCCACCUGCCUGUGCUGUUUGCUGUUACUUUGCUGGAGUUUGUUAUCCCUCUGCUGGUCAUCAUAACUUUUACAGCACGAGUUGCCUGCGCUCUCGCCAACGACCGACUCAUGGCACAAAGCCGAGGUCGGAGGGCAAGAGCUGUGCGUCUGUUAUUGGCUGUGCUUGUCGUCUUUGUCAUCUGCUUCACGCCCUUCCAUGUGCGCGAGGCCCUUGUGUACUUCCGCCUAGGAGGUGGCAGAGAACAGCAUGUGGUUGCCUAUCACACCACUGUGACCCUCAGUAGCCUAAACAGCUGUCUAGACCCUGUGGUCUACUGCUUUGUACCCGAUAACUUCCGCUCUGCCCUGCGCCGUGCAUACAGGAGGAGAGAGCCUCAGCAUUCCAGUGCAGCAGAAGUGACCACCCCUCGCAGAAACUCCAAAGGGUCCGGUACCACCAUGGCUGUUGUUUACAGCAUAGCCAGUCUUACAUUUAGUCCCUGCACCCUGCACCCUGCCUCCGGCUAAGCUGCCUGCAUGACAGAGAAAAAGAGAAGAAGAGUAAGAACAGGAAACACAGAACAGGCCAAAAAAAAAUUCUUAAUAAUAUAUACUAAAAGUGUCUUAGAAGUUGGAUCAUCUCUCACUCUACUGGACAAGAACUAAGGCUUAAAACCCAUCUUGCCAUUUCCUGGGAAGAUUUAUCAUUACACAGGACUGUAACCCUGUACAGCUGUGUGUAUAUUUCAGUCAAAAAAAACUGUCCAUGACCAUCAAGGAAUAUUCCAUGUCCCUGAGUGACUUUUUCCUGAUAACGCACACACAUUUGUUUGAUAUUGGGGUAAUAUGUGCAAGUUCCACCUCAACAAGCAACUGGUUUUGCCUUUUAUACUCAUUGUUAAUGCAUGUUGAUUUAGUGUCCUUUCUUGCUUAGCCAAGUCAGAAUAUUUAUUCAUUGUUCUAAUUCUGUACUAUCUGGCUCAACAAUCUCUGGAAAACUGCAUGCUUUGCCAAAUAUAUUAUGGAAGAAUAAACCUGAAUGGUUACAGUAUAGAAAUAAAAACACAUUUCCCACAGAUCACUGCAAGGAGGCAGAAUACAGAGAUGCUAACAUCAUUGGUUUAGCCAUAGCAUUUUGACGCUGUGAAUUUGUGGUUUCUAGUCUGCAAAAGAAUAGAGUAGAAUAUGUUUUUUUUUUGUCAUUUAUUAUGUUAGUAUGAAGCUAUUGACAUGAUCCACCAACAUAAACUUAGGGUUUUGUUGUAAAAUUCAUUUUUUCCAAUCUACCUGCUUUUUUCUGGUUAGCAAUGAUGGAAACUUUAAUACUGAUGAUCAUGAGUGGUAUAUCUUACUGUAAGGAGAUAAAAAACAUAGGCAUCUGUGGUCGAGCAUAGUUGGCCCUGCUCUCUGUGUGGGAUGGAUAGCUUUUCUCACCUGUUAAUCAGAACAAAGCUGGACACUUGUGGAGAUCAGUAAACCCAUGUAUACACAUACGUAAACAUACGUACACACAUAAAAUAUUCAGUUCAUGUAUCUUGAAGGAAGUAUAUUUUAAGGAAAUGGAUCUAAUAUUUCUUAUUGUGAGUUUAUUACACAGGAUGUCCCAAAAGUCUCCAUGCACAGGGGAAGUUAUCAUGUUUUCACAAAAACUUUAUUCCUACAUGAUUGCCAUUUCUUUGUAAACACACACAGAGUUGUCUCUCCCAACUGUGGCUCCCAGUUUGGCGAUGUGUGACAUGCCUGCCAUGUUUCCUGUUAAAGACAAUCGCAACCUUGAAACAUCUCCCUGAUUCUGAUUUUGAUAUGUUCUUUCUGAUACCUAAGGAAAUCCUUAAGGUUAUCUGCAAAAAAAAAAUUAAUAAUUAUAUGUCUAAUUAAGCAUGAAAAUUUUUAAAGACAUUUUGCUAAACACAUUUUGCUGAAAAUUCGUUCACCCUGUGAAACAAAUGUGAUUAUUAAUCAAAUUUAUGGACAUUUGUACUGAUUUUAAAAAAGGAAAUGAACUUACAGGCAGAUACAUUUGCAAGAUUUUUAAAAGAAUUAUUUUAAAAGUAUUAUUUCUAUCAAUUGAGCUAAAUGUAUUCAAGUCAACAUUACUUGUAUUGAAACAAACCCAAGCUUCAAGAUAUUUUCACUUACUAAGAUAUCAUUUUAAUGCAUGAUACACUUGCCCUUGCAAUAACCUUCAGGUGUUUAAACUCAUCUAUAUUUGCUCUGGAAUAGUUUGCUCUAUGGAUUUUUCAGUCAAAUAAUAUAUGUCCAUCUAAUCUCAUCUUGUUUCUAUUAGAAGAUGUACUUGACAUCUCUUAGUGAAUGUUUAAGGCAAAGACCUACAGUAUGUCUUACACGGAAUUCAUUCCUUAAUCGCUUCUUUUCUGCCUCACUUGAUUUAAUGGACCAGGCAGUUCGUGUGUUUAUGUCUGUAAAGGGCGAAGAGGGAAAAAUCAAACCUCUCAACAUUCUUGAAUGGGUGGCUUUUAGUCGAAGCCAUUUCCUGA